AUGGAGGAGUUCAUCGGCUACAUCGAGGCAUAUGACAUCGACGAUGGUGAGGAGACAAGGCCCGAAACUUUGACGGGCGAGGGACAGGAGAGCGCCAGGUUCCCUGCCCUCAACCCCAAUGCUUGGGUACUCGCUCCCCAAGGAUGGCACCACAUCUGCAACAACCGCAGCCUGUACGCAACCUUCGACGAGAUCGAGCUCAACCCGAUGCACACGCGCUUCGGCAAGACGGGCGACGUGGCGGUCGGCAUCGGCACCAUCAGGCUGCCGGUGAGGCUAAAGGACGGGCAGACGCUGCGGCUGCCAUUCGGCGAGGUGCUCUUCGCGCCCACGCGCAAGGCAAACAGCCUGUCGCUCAAGCGCCUCAACCACUCGGGCACCGCCAUCGACCACCGCAGCGGCCUCGGCUACGACGUCAACGACCGCAACAUCAUGUGGUUCCCCAACUCGGGCGGGCUGCCCACGCUCCGCCUCGACGGCGUCCCCGACCGCCUCUACCUCGACAACGAGUUCACCGACGACGAGGCCGCCGCCUCGUACUGCGACGCCUGGAUCAAGCAGCAGCCGGUGCUCAGGGCCAUCAACGGCUUCGCCGAGGCCCUGCAGGUCAUCGCUCGCCUCAAGGAGGCCAAUCCGCGCACCGACCCCGCCCUCGUGCGCCGCCUGCUGGCCAAGAGGGUCGUCAACAUCACCGUCGAGGACUUCGUCAAACUGCUCGGCAUCCACGUCGGAGGGGGCGCUGCCGCGGCGGCGCCUGCAUUCGCCCAGGGAGCGUCGCCGCUCUCGCCGACCAUGCAGCCUUCGAGGCCGUACUCGGGCCCGAGUGCGCGCCAGCCGCUCGGUCCGAGGAGUUCGGCGCCGCCGAAUGCGAGGGCGUCGAUGCCGCCGGCGAAGAGGUUGCCGGCGCCGAGGAACGAGUUCAUCAGGAGCCAGUGGGGCUCGAGGGCCGCGUUUCAGUCUUCGUAUGGCUUGACGAUGACGCCAGAAGACAUUGAGGAAGGCGAAGCGAUUCUGGAAAAAUUCCGCCGGAACGGGCUCUUUCGCUGA